GAAUUUUUUUAUGAAACUUGGCUCCUCGCCGCUCUUCCCUAAGCAAACGUGCGACGCUAACACUAGCGGAUAGGACUGACUGUCUAAGAGCAAGCAACUGGUGAAAGUACAUAACUCAACAGCCAUCCUCAGUAUAUUACAUACGAGGUGCUAGGUCAAUAUGGGAAAAGGAGGGACGAAGUUCGUUGGGGACUCGGUCAGCGUCCGCCAAAAGGCGCCGGCGAAUGACACGGUCCGCAACAUUAAGCGCAAUUUGGACAAGUUUCUGGAAACUGGAGUGCACCCCGAAAUUGAGCGCAUGCGCCAGGAGCAUGCCAACCAGCUGCCCGCGCUGCCCGACCUCGACGUGCACCGUCCCUUCGUCUUCCUGGACAUCGCAGUGGCGGGGAAGCCGCUGGGUCGAUUGGUGGUUGAGUUGUUCGAGGAUGUCGUCCCCGUGGCCGCAAGCCACUUCAGGAACAGGUGCAUGCCGGGGUCCUCCGGCGGCAUCGCGGGCACCAGCUUCCACAAGCUGCUGCCGCGGUACGCCAUCUACGGAGGAAUGAGCUCCCGCGCCGGCGACGGCGUGCGGUUGCAGCCGCACACGGGCCUGCGGGCGGUGGAGGGCGGGCUGGUGGCGGUGGCGCUGAGCGGACAGGACUUCGCCAUCGCACUGGACCGAGCGCUGGACCUGGACCGCUCGCACCAGGUUGUGGGUCGCAUCCACCGGGGUCGGGAGCUGCUGGACACGCUGGGCGACCUGCGCACCCUGCCGGACGACUCGCCGGUGCAGCGGGUGGUGGUGACGCGCGCGGGGCCCACCAACCACCUGGGUAACCAUGAGGACCUGGAGGAGGCGGCGGCCGCCGCGGCGGGGCCGCCCAAGGAUGCGGCGACGCGGCUGCAGGAGGCGUCGGAAGAGGCGCGGGCGGCAGUGAUGGAUGCGCUGAGCGAGGGCUUGCGGCUAAAGCGGAAAGCAGAUGCAGUUGCGGAUGAUGAAGGAGGCGGAGCAACGGCGGCAGCGGGGCCAUCCACAUCAGGGCGUGUGGGAUCUGUGGCUGCUGGUGGGGCAAGUAAAGGAGCGCCGGCCGCAAGUAAAGGUGCUGCGGCUGCGGCACAGCAGGCACGCAACGUCAAAGCGAAGAUGCUGGACAGCAUGCUGGGGGAUCUGGGCAACGACGAUGAAAGCACCAGCAGCGGCAGCGAGGGCGGCGAUGAAGGGAGCUAGGGUGCAACUCGGUGGUUGGCUGGUUUGCCCGCUGAGUUCUUUUGUUGACAUGUCUUGUAAUGG